AUGCCGUAUAACAUUGCUAUGGUUAGCGACUUCUUCUUCCCUCAGCCGGGGGGAGUCGAAAGCCACAUCUACCAAGUGUCCUCGAAAUUGAUCGACCGUGGACAUAAAGUCAUCAUCAUCACUCAUGCAUACAAAGGGCGAACGGGGGUACGGUAUCUCACCAACGGCCUCAAAGUCUACCAUGUUCCAUUUUUCGUCAUCUAUCGCGAAACAACAUUCCCAACCGUCUUCUCAUUCUUUCCGAUGUUCCGAAACAUCAUUAUUCGCGAACAGAUCGAAAUUGUCCAUGGUCAUGUUAGUCUGAGUAGCUUCUGUGCAGAAGCCAUCCUCCAUGCUAGGACUAUGGGUCUCCGAACCGUCUUCACCGAUCACUCGCUCUUCGGAUUCGCCGAUGCAGGCUCCAUUUUGACUAACAAACUCCUCAAGUUCACUUUGAGUGAUGUGGAUCACGCAAUUUGUGUCAGCCACACUUGCAAGGAGAACACCGUCCUCCGAGCAUCGCUGGAUCCAUUGAUGGUGUCGGUCAUUCCGAAUGCCGUGGUUGCAGAAAACUUUCGCCCUUUAUCGUACAAUCCCCGGGGGUCCCAGUCAAUAACGGGAUCGCCAGACCCUCGGCCCGCGCCCACACCCAUUGGGCCAAACGAUACCAUUACCAUUGUUGUCAUUUCUCGUCUUUUCUAUAAUAAAGGAACGGAUCUUUUGAUCGCCGCCAUCCCCCGAAUUUUGGCCGCAAACCCGAAUAUUCGCUUUAUCAUCGCAGGCUCCGGGCCGAAGGCAAUUGACCUGGAACAAAUGCUCGAAAGAAAUGUGCUUCAAGACAAAGUGGAGAUGCUUGGAUCUAUCAGACACGAAGAGGUCCGAGAUGUCAUGGUACGCGGUCACAUCUACCUCCAUCCCAGUCUCACGGAGGCAUUCGGGACAGUUAUUGUGGAAGCGGCCAGUUGCGGGUUGUACGUGGUGUGUACUCGAGUAGGGGGAAUCCCCGAAGUGCUGCCGCAGCAUAUGACCACUUUCGCGAAGCCAGAAGAAGAUGAUCUAGUCUUUGCCACGGGCAAAGCCAUCGCAGCCUUGCGCUCGAAUAAGGUGCGAACGGACCGAUUCCACGACCAGGUCAAAAUGAUGUACUCUUGGCAAGAUGUGGCGGAGCGCACAGAACGUGUCUACCAAGGCGUCACGGGCGAUAUAAGCCCUGAAGAAUUCUAUGGCUACUACCCCGGCCAGGGCUGGGAGGCAAGUGGGGACCGUGUCCGCAGUUUCGCACUAAUCGACCGAUUGAAACGGUACUACGGAUGCGGUGUAUGGGCAGGCAAGCUCUUUUGUCUCUGUGUGGUCAUUGACUUCUUGAUUUAUGUGUUUCUGGAGAUGUGGUUUCCUCGGGCGAAUAUCGAUAUUGCGCGGAGUUGGCCCAAGAAGCAGCCUGCCGGCAAGUCUCGAGUCAGCACCGACCGGAGCCAAACCAGGAACCACAGUCUGGGAUCAUAG